UUGGAAUCGAGAACGCGAGUAGACUACUUCUCUACUCAGUUGUUCUGACGUUUAGUGAGAUAAUGAGUGCCUACACUUCAGCUUGUACUACAUACAUCGCUAAGUAAAGUAAUCCGAAAUGCAUUUCUCAAUUCCCGACACACAGGAGUUAAGAGAUUCAAGCAAUGCUCCAUAUUGUGCAUACAACAUACAUGUAAAUGGCGUCUUUCACUGCACAGUGCGAUAUAGACAGCUACACAACUUCUAUGAACAGCUGAAAAAGGAAUAUGGAGCAAAUUUAUUGCCUGUCUUUCCACCAAAAAAGAUACUGCCUUUAACUGGGAAUCAGAAAGAGGAAAGAAAGCUAAUGCUAGAACGUUUCAUCCAAUUAAUAAGUCAGGAUGCACGAAUAUCGAAUAGCGAAACCUUCAAUAGUUUUUUCCUUGCGGCGCAACAGGAAACUGAGCAAGAAACACCAGUGGAGGUAGAGCUAGAUAUAUACCUUAUGAAUGGUCACAAGAUUCCAGUGACUAUCAUGUCCACAGAUCAAACAGACGAUGUCCUGGAGAUCGUUGCUCAGAAGAUACAGCUAAAUGAGGACUUUGUCUUCUAUUUUGCACUUUAUCUUAUAAAAAAGGACGAUGACAAUGAAAUAUCGAUUGUGCGCAAAAUGCAAGAUUUUGAAUCGCCUUACUUAUCCCAACGAUCAGCUGGUCCGAAGCACCGAAUUGUUGUUCGAAAAGGGUACUGGGACCCAGUGUUUGAUGACCACCUGAUAGACGACAGAAUAGCCAUGAAUCUACUCUACGUGCAAGCCAUCAGCGACCUUGAACGAGGCUGGACAGAGGCAAAGAAAGACACACAUCGGCAGCUAGGCUCUCUCCAGACAAAGGGCUCGAAAAAAGAAUAUAUCAUGUUAGCAAGGACGCUGAAGCACUAUGGGUACAUCCAGUUUAAGCCGUGUGUUGUUGACUACCCGACCCCCGGGGCUCGUGUCAUCAUCAAUGCCGGCAACAAGGAGCUGUGCAUGCGUGUGCACGUCGCCAAGGACCAGGUGAGGGAGGCGGUUUUCAAGGUGACGCGGAUGCGCUGCUGGCGUAUUACGACGUCCAUCGACAAGGAGAUGGGCGACGUUGACCCGCAUCUGGAGCUGGCCUUCGAGUACCUGAUGAGCAAGGACAACCUGCAGUGGAUCACGAUCGUUAGCGACCAGUCAAUACUUCUCAGCAUGUGCCUUCAAGGAAUGGUUGACGAGCUUAUCAUGAAGAAACAGGGCGGCCGCAUUAGGCGGCCAGCCGAUCGGCCAAAGCAGCGCCAUCGCAGCUACAUGAAGCGAGAUGGCAGCAUGGACAUGCGCAACAGCAGUGGUGCUUCUAACGGUGACGACGAACAUCACGAUGAGAGUGCAACGUCGACCGCGCACAGAGCGCUCGAAUCGGUGAAGAAGCUGUCGGACAAGCUGUCUUCUGUGUCGGUGGUCGGUCGGACUACCAACACUACAGCGAACACCCAGCCCAGUCCAGCCAAGGGAAAGAGUUUUGUGGAGAAUGAUGCCUUCGAGGGCAUAGGUGAUGACGAUCUGUGAUGGACACAUGGGAGGGGCUCACCUGUGAUCGACAGAGCGACGCACUCUCCGGCACGAUGCCACGGAUAUUGCUUGUAGCCAUGGCAACGGCUACAUCUACUUUGACUGCGUGCGAGAGUCCUUUUGUAAGGUGCCAUUUAACAUCGAGCAUUGGAUCAAGAAUAGUUAUAGUUGUUGUCUGGACAUGGUGCUGUCACGCACCUGUGACCAUCUUGAAUGUCUGUGACUGGUGAAUGGUGUAAAAUGGAAAUUUGCCACUGCCUCGCACUUUGUUUUAUGUAUGCAGGCUUUAUGGAUGCUGUAUUUAUACGUUUGAAUGGGUCCCUCGAUUCGUAUAGUCUGUUGAUGCAUUUUCGGGUGUUCAAUUCUGAAUUCAUAAAACUCAUUUCAGGGCUUUUUUCAUCACGUUUACUUCACCUUCUUGCCAAGAUUCAUAUUUCUAAUAAGAAAUCACGUACGACACUUGUUGCUUAAUUUUACAAAAAUAGGAUGCGUAGUAGGCCAAUCACAGUGCAGUGCAUAUUGUGAUUAUGGAUUAAUUAAUUGGCACAGAGAUGCAGUGCCUAAUCGACAGGCUUAUAUUAACUUUAGUAAAAUAAUUUUUUUUAAGGUUAUCACAUGAUAUAUGUUAUGUAAAGUGCUACGUAGUGCUUAUUUACUUUGAAAUUUACGUUAAAAUGUAUGAGAUAGCGAGUUUUACCAUUCUUUGAUUUCGGCUACCAUCUCGGCAAGCUGAUAUUGGUGUAUAUCUGUUUGAAAUGAGCAUUUUUUUAUGUCGCACGACGACACAAGGACAUUUCCUUGGACUUGCUCGAAACACGAAAGGUUGUGACAGAAAGCGUUUGUGACGGGUGAUCUUCUGCAGGUGAUGAAUUAUGUGCUAAACAUCUGUACCUGCCUGUGCUAUUUCCUCGAAUAACAAGGAUGUGGCAUCUUCUGCUCUCAACUCCCACAUUGUCGCUAUUGGUGUUAUAUACUAGUAAAAACGAAAUCACUUGAAACAUGUAGAUCUGAGGGUUUUCUCACCCAUUCCAUUUCGGGAAGUGUACAUAGUUGGGGAAUCUCUUGAAUAGUCGGGAAUCUACACGUAAACGAGCAUGUAGAAACUUGUAUAUAAUGAACUGCAUGUCUAGACGGGUGCCCACUCUGCAGAAUUUUGACUUCGCUGAGAAACUUGUGGUUGAAAUUCACUUGUCGUGAACAUACGGGAUAGAUGGCUGUUAAAUAUCCCUUGAGUCUAGAACGCGAUUCUAUUAAUCACUGAAUUACAAUACGACCGAGAGGUCCAAUCAGGAGCCGUUUUAUGUUCACCAACUCGCUGCACGUCCGUGUAAAUGAAAUUGGCUGACUGGACAUUUCGCGACCGCAGCCCUGUUGGCUGUGAGUCGUCUUUGCCAGUUGGAGAGGGUGCUGGCUAUGUUAGCACUACUUUCAGUGUAACUCUAAACGCACUCUGGUCAACUCUUAGGCCUCAGUGAAGCUGAAGUUGCCACGAGGCAAAUUUAUUCAUAAAACGCCACGUUAAACAUUGCUAGGGUUAUAUGGUGCAGCGAUAGUGCUUUACAGAGUACAAUUUCAUCAUUCACAAUUCAGUGAUUGCUGUGGUCAGUGGGCAGUAUUGCUAAAUCAAAAAUUCUAAUUUCGUCUCACCUUAGGGUGGACCACAGCUUCAUGAUGAAUAACCUCACGUAAAUGCAGUAAAUAGAAACGUAUACUGUGAUGCGUUUCUCUCGAUUUGCUCUUGGUUUGCCCGUAGCCAUGCCAGCCCACCACAAUGUCCUGUAUCGAUGCAUAUAUUUAAAGGAGUUAAAAAGUAUGCGGAUGUUAUUCAAUAAUAACUUAUCUUUAAUAAGUGUUUACACAAAAAAGAAAUCUCAAUAGGUUUUAGUGUUAAUGAGGCAUUAAUAAAGCUCUAGAAAGAAGCUCUCUGUAAAUAAAAAUCAUUGAAUUUUUGUGCAAGGCAAGUAAAAUGUACUGGUAAUAUUUUGCUAAACUUCAUGGAAUAGAACAUGCCUAAAAAGUAAAAAUACAAUUUGGGUUGUAUCUUGGCCAACAAUCAAUAGAAAUCAUGUCACAUCCAUUAAUUACAAUCAACCAACUUCGUACAUCCACUGAUUUUUGCGUGACCUGCACAAGUUGCGUAGGAUAACCUUCACCUAAUGUAUAGAGUGUUUGAGUGAAUGAAUAUUUUGCUGUAUAUCAACAGUGAACAUACAAGUAUAAGUUUUGUAAGCCCUGAGGCAACUGAUAUGUAAAGUGUUGUGGGUAUUUUUGUAAAAGCUUACAUUGAUCAUUACGAGAAAAAAAGUGAAAGUGCAACUGUCCAAAUAAAAUCAUCACGUUUAUAUAUAUCUAUAUCUAUCGUAUUACUUAAUUAUGCUUGUGCUAUCGUAACACUGGUAAAUUUUCCAAAGGUUUGCAUGUCCGAGCAGAAGAACGAUGAUGGCAGUGUGCUUGCACUGUCAUUCCUGCGGGUUGUUUUAUCAGGAUAGGAUUCUUGUCUCGCACGAUGGAUAAUCGUGUCACCAAGAUAACAACAGGAGUAGAUAAUAGAGACUAAUCUCUAUUAUCUACUCCUGAUAACAAUAUCAAAUACUGGAAUUUCCAGGCCCGAGAAAAAACAUAUUGGAUUGACGGGUCCGUCUCUCGACUCUAGCCUAAUGAUAAAAUUGCUAUAUUUCAUCAUAUGUUUAUUUUUAAUAUUUCACUGUAUCGUAUUAUCAGGUAUUAUUAUUGGUGUGUGAAUGAUUCGUUGGCAUAGUUAUUAUGUAUAUAUGUAUACGUCUGCCUAUCCCAUUCUUUUCUGGGUACUUUUCCAUGUAGCUUUUGCAGUUUUAUAAUCACGAAAACAGUGCUAGACAGGUAUCGUGAAAACAAUCGUUGUCUCUCACCAAAGACAAUAUAUGCGGUCUUUGCUAUCACCUCUUUCGCGCACGCAUAUGCCCAAGAGUGAGUAAGAGUGAGCGAGUGAAGAAGGGAGGGAGGAAGGGGCGAGAGAAGGUGAGGUUGAGACGAAAUUGGAUUGUAAGGAGGGGAAAACCAUUGCCGAUUUGUAUCCUAUAGGUGUCUUGCGCAGCUAGGACUAUUUUGAUGAAAUAAAUUGAUAUAAAUUACAGUGUA